GAGAAGUUGAUUAGUUUGGAUUGAAAAUGUUGUUGAUUAAGUCAUAUGGCAGACGAUUGUACAAAUGUAUUCAUGUCAGCCAAUUUCGACAAAUUCGAAUGCGUCCACAAGACCCGGAACAAGUGGCCACCAUGGAAGAAUAUGAAUUUGCGGGAGAAAAACAUUCAACAAAACGAUCCAAAUCGGUAUUUUGUUGGGGAUUUUCAGCAACCGGCGCGCUAGGUCGUCACAGCAUUUUUGGUCGAUCGCAGAAAGCGGAUGGUCAACUGGAAAUGCCAAAGCGGACCGUGAUACGAGCACCACAACGUCUAAGAUUUGUGAAUCCUCGAUGUCAUGUUUAUGAUGUAGCAGCGGGAUCCGGUUUCACUGUGAUUGCGGCCACCUAUGACGGCACUUCACAUGUAUUGUUUGGCUGUGGUCUUAAUACCGACUCGCAGAUUGGCUGCCAAUUCAACCAUUCCAAUGAGCCUUUGGUUUGUGUAGCCGAGCCAGUACCAAUCGAUCUGCCAUUGGAUUCGACCAAAAGAAAUAGACAAAAUGCAGAAAAGGUGAUUAAAGUAGCAUGCGGUCGCGCUCAUACUGUAUGUCUGACAAAUCAUGCCAACGUGUUUACUUUGGGUAACAAUUCAUUCGGUCAGUGCGGACGUCCCAUCGUGGAUGAUGAAAAAUAUUUUGCCUCCAAACGUGUUCAUCGGAUUGACUACGAUGAAAGCGAUCCUAUCAUAGAUGUUUGUUGCGGUCUCGACCAUACACUAUUGCUCACUAAAUCCGGUGUUGUCUAUUCAUUUGGUUGGGGUAAUGAUGGUCAAUUGGGUCAAGGAUCGAAUCGUUCAUCGUGGAAAUUAUCCAAAGUUAUCGGCGAUGUUCAAAAUGAACGAAUCAUCAAGGUUUCAUCAGCCGGUGAUUGUGUGCUGGCCAUCAAUGAUAAAGGACAAGUGUUUGGCUGGGGUAAUAACGAAUAUGGACAGCUAGCAAUGGCUAAUACGAAUGACACGCAAAUUCAUACAUCCAAACAUGUUAGACUUGAUGACAAUAUGAUUGGAAAAGUGUGCGAUGUAGCGGCUGCCGGUUCAAUGUGUGCAUUAGUGAAUGGCUCAGGUUCGGUAUUUGUUUGGGGUUAUGGAAUACUUGGAUUCGGACCCAGUAUACGGGAAAAGGUGAUGCCAAGCGAAUUGAAUGGCAAUCUAUUCGGUCGUAAUAUAUUGAAUAGGGAUACACGUGUUAGCAGCAUUACUGCCGGUUUACAUCAUUUUGGUGCCAUCAACAAUAAAGGCGAAUUAUUCAUGUGGGGCAAGAAUAAUCGUGCCAAUCUUGGAAUCGGCUCCAAACAUGACAUGAUGUUUCCAUACAGAAUAUCAAUACCAACAUAUGUGCUCAAAUUGAGUCUGGGUAUCGAUCAUUCCAUCGCCAUUGGACAGCGAUUGAUUUGAUUUGUUUGAAAAAUGUAAAUCCUCAUCGGCAGAUGGCCAUUGUAUAUUCAUUCAUCAAUUUAAAUCGCAUAACA